AAUACGUGGCACCCCAGAAAUAUUUGACAACUCCAAUUUUCCCAAAUCUUUUCCGGGAAAAUCCAUGCAUUCUCUGCCAUGAAACUUACUCAAAACCGAUAAGAAAAUAACCCCCCCAACCCAAAAAAAAAUUUCUCCUUAUAGAACCCCAAAUCAAGAUAAAAGAAGAAGCAAAUCCUGAAAUUGAAACUGGGAAAAAUUAUCUGCAAAUGGCUCGUGUCGCCUCAAACCCUCUUUCUCUUCCCAGAUUUAGGCCUUACUUUCAGGUUUCCGACACUGCCCUCGUCUUCAAAUCCCCUUCCCUUUCUCCUUAUAGAACUCGCAAGUUUCAAUCCAUCGCCUGUCAGACAAAUCCACUUCCCACCCAAACACAACCCUCCGACGAGGGAAAGGUACUUGCUGAGCCUGAUUCAGUCGAUGAUAGUACAAGUGAAGCUACAAAUUCCUUUGUUGGAGGAGAAUUUUCCGAAUUUCCAAACAAAAAUAUAAAUAGGCGAAUAGCAAUAGGUUCUACCCUUGCAGCAGUGGGACUUUUCAUGUCAUCGCGAUUAGAUUUUGGUGUUUCUCUGAAGGACUUAUCUGCUGCAGCAGUGCCUUAUGAAGAGGCUCUUUCAAAUGGAAAGCCAACUGUUGUAGAGUUCUAUGCAGAUUGGUGUGAAGUAUGCCGGGAAUUAGCUCCGGAUAUUUACAAAAUAGAGCAGCAAUACAGGGAUCGUGUAAAUUUUGUAAUGCUGAAUGUCGACAACACGAAGUGGGAACAAGAACUUGACGAGUUUGGCGUGGAGGGUAUUCCGCAUUUUGCAUUCCUGGACAAAGAUGGGAACGAGGAGGGAAACGUUGUAGGCAGGCUUCCAAGGAAGUACUUGCAGGAGAACGUGGACGCUCUUGCCCGCGGGGAGGCAUCAGUUCCUCAUGCUCGUGUGGUGGGACAGUAUUCAAGCGCUGAAUCGAGGAAGGUGCACCAGGUUGUUGAUCCCAGAAGUCAUGUGUAGAUGUUAUAUUGUUUUGAGAUUAAAUUCCCCAAGUAUAAAUACACAUGUAAAGGUAACCCAUUUCCUGACUUAGUUUUAUUGUAUAUCAAUGCAGCUAUGGUUUGAAUAUAGAA